GAGGAACGGUGACUCUCCGCCUCCAUUUUCCUCUUCUUGCGGCCCUGCUUCUUCCGAUCUCCGUCUUCGAUGCUCUCCUCCUUCUCCUCAGCCAGAAUGCCCACUGACGCUCUCACAGUGAUCGACGUUUUCUCCUCUUCCGACGAUGAAGGAAGCCCGCCCAGGCAUGCACGCCGACGUCCUUGCGAGGAUACGACCGGAAGGAAGAAGAACGCAGUUGUAUUGAUAAAGAAGGAGAAGGAGGAUCUCCUUGACGACGACUGUUACAUCCUCGACGUUGAUCCUUACGCGAUGGAGUUCAGCCGGAAAGUAUCGCUCGCCGAUGCCGAAGAUGUCGCGGUCAUUGCAGAAAAAGGGCCGGUGGCCGCUAGGGAUUUCCCCCACUCAAGGCACUUGUGCGUGAAGUUUCCCUUCGCCACUACGCCCCAUGAGACCCACUGCCAGCAGUGUUACUGUUAUGUGUGUGAGCAAAUAGCGCCUUGCAGCGAAUGGAAGAAGGCAGAGUCGAGCAGGUCGCAUUGUAAUGCCACUGACAAGGAAUAUUACUGGACGAGGGUGAGGAUGCUACAUAAACCUGCCAAGCCAGAUACAGCAGUAAUGGUUGCAGCCGCAAGCCAGGCAGCCAAAGUAGCCUGAUCUUGAUUACUGCGGUCUUCUCGGCCAUCUUUGUUGACGAGUCAAUUCAGAGCAGAGUUCACAGCUGAUGUUAAAAGGCUGAAAUUUUUUUUCUACAGUCUUCUCAUGGGGUCAAAAGUUGUGCAAGGAUUGUGGUUCUCUCAACCAUUUUAUGGUUAACCAAUUUCCAAGGCAGGAUUUGCUGCUGAUGGAAGUUUUUGUUAUGCCUUGCUAUGGCGUUCAGACGAUGAUGGUCUCUCAUGGUUGUCUGAUAGACUUUGUAGUGAACCAAUUUGUUCCAGAUCAGAGUUUAUUGAAAAGCUUAAAUAAAAGAUCUCUGUUAAUGUCA